AUGGACUCGGGGCUUCCUGUUCCGAAGAUCGAGGAACAUGAUUACCUGGCUUUGAAGAGUAUCAUUGAAGCCCUUGAGGUGGUAUGUGAUGAUUUGGAUGCGAAUCCGGAGCGCAGGAGCGAGGUCGCGAUGGAGGUUGAUGAUGGGGUUGAUGGAGAUGAAAGGGUGAACGCGCCUUCCCUAGCAUCGAGUAGGGACCGUCGAGAGACGAUAAAUUGGGAGACCCCGGUAACUGGAGAGAGUCAUGCUCUACGGCCACCGAAGAAAAGGGACAACAGGCAGGACGCCUACCUGCAACAGGGUGAGGGUAAAGGAGCGUUUGGCAAACAGCCAGCCCCAAGGGUAGCUCGCGAGGGCUCCGGCGUUCCCAGCCAAGACGAUGACUUGGAUGAAGAAAGCGACGACGAAGUUACCGACCAGCUAUCCUGCCGGCUAGGACGGCUCCAAUUUACCCACGACGGUCAACUGCGGUACUUUGGAUCAACUUCGAACUUAACAUUAUUAGAUGCCUUGGUGGACGUCACACCCCUGAUCGCCGUACAGAAAGAUGCCACCGAGCUUCUAGAAAAUGCAGGCCUCGACAACGAAGUCGACGAGGUAUUUGAGAAACACCUUCUCGAGCUCUUCUUUGCAUGGCAGGAUCCAUGCCUUCACGUCGUCGACGCGGACACCUUCUGGCGUUCACGCGCACAGAGCAAAUACGAAGGCAUAGCAACGCCUUACUACUCGCCCAUAUUGUCAUGUGCAAUGUGUGCACUCGGUGCUGCGUACGAGCCGAGAUACCACCCAGAGUUCGUGACGUUUCCUAGGUCAUUAGCCGAAUUCUUUGGCGAUCGGGCCAAGAUUUUGCUGGAAUUAGAGCUGGAAAGCCCAUCUAUUGCAACGAUCCAAGGACUGGUGAUUUUGAGCAAUCAUGAAGCACUGUGUACGAGAGACACGAGGGGCUGGUUGUAUAGCGGAAUGGCAAUGCGACUGACCCUUGACCUGGGAUUGCAUCUUGACAUGGGUCCCUAUGUGGAACGAGGGAUAAUCCCGUAUGAAGACGCCGAGCUACGACGUAGGGUAUUCUGGGGGGUUUAUUUGAAUGAGCAGUCAGUCCCGUGA